GAAUUAUUUUUAUUAAUUUUAAAAAGAAAACUAAAAGAAACAGUUGAUUUGGCUAAUUUUAAAGAAUUCUUAUGGAAUUAAAUUAUGGGAAAUUCAUGAAACUAUAUAUAAGGCAGAUAGACCUCUUAACAGUCGAACAGAGUCCUUAUUUUGCCCAUUAUAUUAUUUCUGUUUAAUUGAUUUUAAUAAAAGUUUUAAGAAGUAUAUCUAUCAAAAAUGGGGCUUGGGAAUGGCAGCUUUUCUUGGAGUGAUCUUACUUUAUCUGGAGAAGAUACUCUGGUUGUCCUUUCCUGGUUUAUAGAACUUUUAUCAGUAUUUUUUGGAACAUUUGGUAAUCUUUUGGUAAUUUUUUCGGUUUUGACUCAAAGGUCUCUAUGGUCGUCUGCAAAUAUGUUGGUUGUUCAAUUAGCAAUUUUUGAUUUUGGUAUUUCAACAGUAGUACAAUUUACUGCAAUGUCUGGGAUGUUGUGGAGAGGCGAAGAAUUCUAUGCCCGUGGAAAUUGGAAAGCUAUCUGUAAGGUCUUUGGACUGAUUUGUGCAUUCUGUUGCUGCGCCAGUCCCGGAGCUUUAACAGUAAUUUCAUUUAACAGGUGGCUGUGCAUAACGAAACCUCAAUUAUAUCCGAGAAUUUUUAAUCGAAGAGGAACGACAGCUGCAAUUAUCUUUAUAUGGUUGUAUGGCUCAUUGCGCUUAGUACCAUAUAUAUCUGGUCGCGGUUCAGUUGGCUAUGAUUAUGUUCUUUCAUUAUGCGUCUUUAGUGGAAAGUCAGAUACAUUUACUUCUCUAUGGAUAUCUAUAUUUUCUAUUUGGAUACCUAUAUCGGUAGUUGCUCUUUUUAAUGUUUUGAUUUUUGGAUACGUUCAUUCAAUAAAGAAGAGUUUGCGUAAAAUAUCAAAUAACAAUAAAGAUAAUCAACUUAAAGAAGAAAUCCAACUGGCUAAAACUUUGUCCAUUGUAUCAGUUGUACUCUUUAUCUGUCUUGUUCCAUUAUCAUCUGGUUAUACGUUUGACAAAGACAGAAGCUGGAGCAGACCUUAUUACUUAAUGGCCACAGCUUUUUAUCAUUUAAAUAGCAGCUUAAAUCCUAUUCUUUACGCUGCUCAUCAUAGAUUCAGAAAGGCCUAUCUAACACUUUUCAUCAAAAUAUUUACUUGUUGCGGGAAGAGAGAAUCCUUAAAUAAUGAAAGUUUGAGAUAUUCAAGCAAAAGUAUUGAACUGUCGUCGUCUGGUCUCGAAAAAUAAGAAAGAGAAUAUCAAUACUCAUUAUGUUAAAUUAUUGUUUAUUCAUGUCAAUCAUCCUCCGUCGUCACUAGCACCUUGAAAAAUGUUUUGGUUCAGAUGAAUAGACCUUCAUCUUGAGUUUUAAAUAAAUAUCAGAGUAUACCGUAAAAAUGCAGUAUGUCAUCAAUAUGAAUGAUAUACUGAAGUAUGUAAAUACUAUACAUGUGUGUGGGUGUGUGUACUACUUUAUGAUAAUAAAAUAAAUUAAAUGUGGUCUUACCUCUAAAAAAUGAAUGAAUCCAAUUAAGGUAUUCAAUCGUUGUUACGGCAAUCAUAUGACUUUGCUAUAAAUCUGUUAUAGAAUAAAG